CAAACAACACCUUCAUAAUGCCUGCCGCCACUUCUCAGGUCGCCGCCGAAAACGCCCAGAGCGUUAAGGUUCUCGACGAGCUUAUGCAGAAGCUCACCAUCUCGAACGAGGCCGAUGCUAUCAAGGAAUCCGCCAGUGCCAUCGCCUCUUUCAUCAACGGCCGCAUCCAGGACCUCGAUACCCCCACCAGGACCGUGGAGGCUCUCAAGAAGCAAUUGGCCAACAAGAAGGAUGCCGGCGCCCGUGAGAAGGCGCUCCUCGCCAUCCAGGCCGUCGCUCAGCACUCCGAGGUCUCCGCCAAUGUCGAGCCCUACCUCGUCGCCCUGCUCCCCAGCGUCCUGGCUGGCGCUGGUGACAAGAUCACUGCGGUCAAGAACGCCGCCAUUGCGGCUGCUUUGGCCAUCGCCGAGGCCGUGAAUCCCAACGCCGUCAAGGCCACCAUUCCCACCCUCGUCAACUCUUUGAGGAACGCCCAGAAGUGGCCCGAAAAGAUGACGGUGCUCGAUUUCAUCGACACCAUUGUCCGGACUGCCCCCACCCAGACCUCGUACCUUGUUCCUGAGCUCAUUCCUGUUGUCUCCGAGGCCAUGUGGGACACCAAGAAGGAGGUCAAGGAUCGCGCCUACAAGACCAUGGAGAAGGUCUGCCAGCUGAUUGUCAACCGCGAUAUCGAGCGCUUCAUUCCCGAGCUCAUCAAGUGUAUCGCCAAGCCCGAGAACGUGCCCGAGACCGUCCACUUGCUCGGUGCCACCACUUUCGUCACCGAGGUUCACGAGCCCACUCUUGCCCUCAUGGUUCCUUUGCUUGACCGUGGUCUCGCCGAGCGUGACACCGCCAUCAAGCGUAAGUCGGCCGUCAUUGUCGACAACAUGUGCAAGCUCGUCGACGACCCCAACAUCGUCGCUCCCUUCUUGCCCAAGAUGAUGCCCGGCCUGCAGAAGAACUACGAGAACCUUGCCGACCCCGAGGCUCGUGAGAAGACCAAGCAGGCUCUCGACACCUUGAUUCGUGUCGGCAAUGUCGUCGAUGGCAAGAUCCCUGAGGUCCGCAACUACGGCGAUAUCGCCACUAUCAUGGGCCACCUCAAGGAGGUUCUUGGCAGCAAGCACGCCGCUGCCUUCGAGAAGUUCACCCCGGUUCUCGAGUACGCCUCUGCCAUCGCCGGCCAGCUGGUUGAUGAGAAGGUCUCGGAGGCCGCCACUUGGGCAGAGAAUGUCAAACCCUACCUCACUGUCAUCGUCGGCGAGGCCGAGGCGGACGGUGUCGUCGGUGCCCUCCGCAAGCGGGCCCUCCCUGGCGCUGCUGACGCGGAUGAGGUUGAGGACGACGAGGAAGAGGGCGAGGAUCUGUGCAACUGCACCUUCUCUCUCGCCUACGGCGCCAAGAUCCUGCUCAACCAAACCAACCUCCGCCUCAAGCGUGGCCAGCGCUACGGUCUGUGCGGUCCCAAUGGUUCGGGCAAGUCCACCCUGAUGCGUGCCAUCAACAACGAGCAGGUUGAGGGCUUCCCCAAGCAGAGCGAGGUCAAGACUGUCUUCGUCGAGCACGACCUGGACGCUGCCGACACUGAGAUGACCACCAUUGACUGGACCCUGAAGAAGCUGAAGGAGGCCGGUGUCGAGACCUCGGAGGAGGACGUCAUCAAGCGCCUCGGCGAGUUCGGCUUCACUGACCAGAUGAUCAAGGGCCAGAUUACCUCCCUCUCUGGUGGUUGGAAGAUGAAGCUGGCCCUGUGCCGUGCCGUCUUCCAGUCUCCCGAUAUUCUGCUCCUGGACGAGCCCACCAACCAUCUCGACGUGAAGAACGUCAAGUGGCUCGAGGACUACCUCAUCAACUCCCCCUGCACUUCCAUCAUCGUCUCCCACGACAGCGGCUUCCUCGACAACGUCUGCCAGCACAUCAUCCACUAUGAGCGCUUCAAGCUCAAACGCUACAAGGGCAACCUCAAGGAGUUCGUCCGUCGUGUGCCGUCGGCCAAGUCCUACUAUGAGCUCGGCGCCUCCGAUCUCGAGUUCACCUUCCCGGAGCCUGGUUACCUCGAAGGCGUGAAGACCAAGGCCAAGGCCAUCCUCCGUGCCACCAAGAUGAGCUUCCAGUAUCCCGGUACCGACAAGCCCCAGCUCCAGGACAUCACGUUCCAGUGCUCGCUCGGCUCGCGCAUUGCCGUCAUUGGCCCCAACGGUGCCGGCAAGUCGACCCUCAUCAACGUGCUCACUGGUGAGCUCAUCCCCACUAGCGGUGAGAUCUACCAGCACGAGAACAUCCGUAUCGCCUACAUCAAGCAGCACGCUUUCGCCCACAUUGAUAACCACCUGGACAAGACGCCGUCUGAGUACAUCCAGUGGCGUUUCCAGACUGGCGAGGAUCGCGAGACUAUGGAUCGCGCCAACAAGAUUAUCACCGAGGCCGACGAGCAGGCCAUGAACAAGGUCUUCAAGAUCGACGGUACCCAGCGCCGCGUCAUUGGCAUUCACGCUCGCAGGAAGUUCAAGAACAGCUACGAGUACGAGUGCUCGUUCGCCCUUGGCGAGAACGUCGGCCAGAAGAACGAGCGCUGGGUGCCUAUGAUGACCGCGGACAAUGCUUGGCUGCCUCGUAACGAGCUGAUCGCUUCUCACCAGAAGCUGGUUGCCGAGGUUGAUAUGAAGGAGGCCCUGGCGUCUGGCCAGUUCCGUCCCCUGGUCCGCAAGGAGAUUGAGGCUCACUGCGCCAACUUCGGCCUCGAUGCCGAGCUGGUCUCUCACUCGCGCAUGCGUGGUCUCUCUGGUGGCCAGCGUGUCAAGGUUGUGCUGGCUGCUUGCUCGUGGCAGCGCCCUCACCUCAUCGUCCUCGAUGAACCCACCAACUACCUCGACCGCGACUCUCUUGGUGCUCUCUCCAAGGCGCUCAAGAAGUUCGAGGGUGGUGUUAUCAUCAUCACUCACAGCUCUGAGUUCACCAAGGACCUGACUGAGGAAGUGUGGGCCGUCAUGGACGGCAAGAUGACGCCUUCUGGCCACAAUUGGGUUCAGGGUCAGGGCAGCGGCCCCCGCCUGAAGACUGAUGACGGCGAGGAGGAGGAAAAAUUCGACGCCAUGGGCAACAAGAUUGAGGGCACCAAGAAGAAGGCAAAGCUCACCAGCUCUGAGCUGCGGAAGAAGAAGAAGGAGCGUAUGGCCCGCCGUAAGCGCGGCGAGGAGGUCUUCAGCGACGAGGAUGACUGAGCGUCUCGCUCUCUAGUCUUUCUCCUGGGUUUAGCGUGCUGAUCGGGUAUACAAAAGUUGCUUUCUUUCUGGGUUGGGUUUGCAUGGUCUGGGCUUAAUGAAAUCAUGUCUCUUACGUAUGUCUUUUAUGUCGCGUCAGGAUGAUCGUAAUGCCUCUGGCCGUCUGCUAUGUAUCUAUGACUGGCAAUGGGAGGCCCGCCCACCCAGGACUGGAGACCCUGGGGUGGUUCGAACUGGAUUGUCCAUUGGCCGGGCAGGAGGAAGAUACCACGGAUGCGCGGGAGUUCUCUCAUGGAUAGAGGACAAUAUAGAUCACAUGGCUCAUCCAGCAGUCAACCGUAAUUCAGUCGCAGUGUGAAAUUUGCUCUCCUCU